UUUCCCCUCCACUCCUCCCAUUUCCGCUCGGCAGUAGAAACCGGAAAUAACACUGCCCCUAGUUGCGGAGGCGCUUCCCCCGGCUUGCUGGAGACUGCUGACCCAGGGGUCUUCAUUAAAGAAGAGAGCAGGGCUCCCAGGUCUGGGCAGAGUCCAGGCAGGGGGUCCUUGCCUCAGAACUCUGCUGAGGCAUCCGUCCUUUGAGAGUCCACAAUAUGAGGGGCCAUCCUUCCCUGCUCUUAGUCUAUAUGGGAUUGGCCACCUGCCUGGACACCUUACCUCAUGGAGAGCAAAACCAAGUUCUUGACAUCUUCCUGGAUCCCCCGGAUGCCGAGAGUUUCCUAGUUGGCCACAGGCGGAUUCCUCGGGCUAACCACUGGGACCUGGAGUUGCUGACCCCCGGGAACCUGGAACGAGAGUGCCAGGAGGAGAGGUGCUCCUGGGAGGAGGCCCGGGAAUACUUUGAGGACAACACACUGACGGAACGCUUCUGGGAAAGCUAUACCUACAAUGGCAAGGGAGGGCGUGGACGAGUAGAUGUCGCAGGCCUGGCGGUGGGACUGACCUCUGGGAUCCUGCUCAUCGUGUUGGCUGGCUUGGGAGCCUUUUGGUAUCUGCACUACAGACGGCGGCGCCGACUCAGAGUCCGGGAGUCCUGUCAGCAAGAGACCGUGCUCAUCAGCCCCCUGAGUCCCCCGACGCCCUUGUCUCCACCCUUACCCCCAGGCCUCCCUACCUACGAGCAGGCGCUAGCAGCCUCUGGGGUGCACGACGCCCCUCCGCCCCCUUACUCCAGCCUCAGAAGGCCUCACUGAAGACUUGCUCCGGAGCGCGGGCUCCCCGAACUGUGCCCCUGAUUCACAGCAGAUUCCGGAAGUCGCAGGGCCUCUUCGACUCCCUGGCUUCAAUGUGUGCGUGGGAGAGUCAGGGUCGUCGGACCCGACGUCUAUCACGACACACGUGUUUCCGCCGCGCAUGGAUACACGCAUGCCCCUGACCAUCAUGUUGCCGAGUCCGUGCCCCUGCUCCUCGCACCCGCCCUUCCUGAGCACCGGCCCUGAAACUCGGACAAGACGUGACUUGACUGUCGCCCCACCGUGUCGCGGGGAGCGUACACGCAGAGAACCAGGCCCGUGCACACGCCCGUCUUCGUGUAUUUCCCCAAAUGGGCCGUUCGUAAUCCAACAUAAAGGUGGAGGGCGCAUUUGCUAUGUGCUGGAAAAGGUGUCACGCUUGUGUUGCACCCGGGGAAAUGGAGUUGAGCUGAACUGCUAUCUACCUAAAAACCUUUUGGAAAAGGAAGAAAUUUAAAAAGAAAGAAUCACACACAAAAAAAAAUCCCAAAAUUGAAAUUAUUCGAGAAAAAUAAAAAAUGCAAACGAACUGAAC